CGAAGUAACAGAUCCCAGAUCCCCGCUUUGUCCCUCGUCUUCAGACGUAGCUGGAGGAUAGAGAGAAAAAUGGAGCGCUUUUGGCUGUGGAGGAUUUUAAUACUGUUGCAAGUUUGUGUUUUGUGUUUGGUUCCCUGCGUCAGGCCAACAGUGGAAAACAAUCAGAGAGAAGAUUACUGAUGCUGUGAAAGGCCACACGCCGUGCGACCCUAUCAACUGCAGCUGCCAUCUAAGUGUCCUGCAAGAUGACUUGCGGCCCUUUGAAAGGAGAAUAUCUGAGGAUGUCAUGGCUGCGACCGUUCAGAGAGGGGUGGGCACCCACUACCAGAUCAUCGGACACAAGCUGUACAGAGAACACAACUGCAUGUUUCCUGCCAGGUGCAGUGGGGUGGAGCAUUUCAUCCUGGAGGUGAUUGACAGGUUACCUGAUUUAGAGAUGGUGGUGAAUGUCCGGGAUUACCCUCAAGUCCCCACGUGGGUGCAGCCAACCCUGCCUGUCUUCUCUUUCAGUAAGACUGCAGAUUACCAGGACAUCAUGUACCCUGCAUGGACGUUUUGGGAGGGAGGGCCGGCUGUGUGGCCCAUAUACCCCACUGGACUGGGACGAUGGGAUCUGAUGAUGGACGACCUUAAAAAGUCUGCAGCUCAGUGGCCGUGGAAGAACAAAGAAUCCAAAGGAUUCUUCAGAGGCUCCAGAACCAGUCCAGAGCGCGACCCUCUGAUUCUUCUGUCCAGAGAAGCUCCAGAGCUGGUGGAUGCAGAGUACACAAAGAACCAGGCCUGGAAGUCUGAGAGGGACACACUGGGGAGACCCCCGGCCAAAGAAAUCCCACUGGUCGAUCACUGCAAAUACAAAUAUUUAUUCAACUUCCGCGGUGUGGCCGCCAGCUUCCGCUUCAAACAUCUCUUCCUCUGUGGUUCCCUGGUGUUUCAUGUGGGGGAUGAAUGGCAGGAGUUUUUCUACCCUCAGCUCCAGCCCUGGGUCCACUACAUCCCCGUCCUGCAGGAUCUGUCUGAUGUCAGGGAGCUGCUACAGUUUGUCAAAGAGAACGAUGACAUUGCACAGGAGAUAGCCACAAGGGGUAAGGAAUUCAUCCUCGACCACCUGCGGAUGCAAGAUGUCUCCUGCUACUGGGAGAGACUCCUCACUGAGUUUAGCCGUCUUCUCGCCUACGAACCCCAAAGAAAGAGCAACUACAACCAGAUUGUCCACAGACCCGGCAGGACGGAGCUAUAAGAGUGAGCCUCUGCAGGACCAGGGCAGCUGCAGUGAAGGGAAACUCUAGAUAAGGAAUGUAAUCUCCGCACCACAACUUAAUGAUUUCCUCACAAGCAACGUUACAUGAUGAUGAUGUUGGCGUUACAUUUUUGUCAAAAUCGCACCUAAAUGUAGCUAGUCGAAGGCUUUGUCCUGAUACUUUUAACAUGAGUUCUAUUGAAUGCAGUAUUUAGUUAAAUGUGGAGCACAGUUGGACCAUGAGUGACUGAUACAGGGCACAAAGCUUAGUAUUUAGUUUAGAGUGUUGACUGUGGAUGCUGCCAUACCUUCAGCUGCCACUAGGGGCAUGCAUGCCAAUUCUGAGUAAUUGAUCACUUCUAUCACCUCUAAAAAGAACUCCUUUGUUUGGCUGCUGUCUGUAGUCUCCACCAGCAAAGUAACAUUAUGUGAUGUGUUAUUAGACUUUUUUUAUUCAUUAAAGGGACACUACUAAAUUGCAGAAGUGACCCUUUAACAUGCAGUUUACUUUGUAACAUUUAUCACAUCUGGGCUUCAGACAGAUUUCCAUGAAAAUCCGACCACUUGCUGAAAGAUGCUGAAAAAUGUCACUUUGAUUUAAUUUGAAUUACUUUUAUAAGCUGAGCGUCCACUCGGUUAUCUUGAUUCCACUGAGUGGAACAAGAUCAGUGUCUUGCUCAAGUUGAAUCAGAAUCGAACCCGUGGACUUUCUGACCUUUGUGCUCCUGCAGAUCACUCGCCAAAAUCUAAUGAAAAUAUUGCACAUCCAGCUGUGGAGCACCUAAAACUCUUAACUUUAAAUACUUGAAUGUGUGACUUUCCACUGCUGCUCAAAUAUCCACGAAGGAUGUACCAAUAAUAAUACUAGUUACGGAUGCCAUGCUGUUACAUAGUUAAUGCAGUCAAUUAUUUGAAGGUUUUCCUCCAAAGUAAAACGUUGUAACAUGCACCACAUGGAACGAUUAUUUGUUUUUACCUAAUGUGGCCUUUUUGUACGUCGAAAGUUCGAUUUAAUAUAAAAUGAAAAUAUGGCAAUAAGUGACUUGGCUUCCAUGUUAAGUGCAUGUGUUGUUGAUGGGGAGUCUCACACAGGUGCUUUGCAUCACUCCCCUCUACUGGACAACUGAGGGAACUGCAGCAGUCCUUUACCAAGUGUCAUUGCAACAUA